GGAACACGUGUGUUGCAUUACGCGUGUGCUCCCUGCGCUGUGACUGGGAAGGUGGUCUUAGUUGAAAAACACCGUUUAGAAAAGUAACAGACGGGGGCAACUUCUCCUUUUUGUUGUUCCCCUUCUCCUCCGGGACAAAGUGUGAAAGUUCUGAACUGUUUCUGAAUGUUGCUGAGCAGGAAGUGAUGGAUCUGACUUGUUUGACAACGGGAAUAAAGUUGGGAAAGUACGAGGUGAAAAUGGAGAACCCAGCUGAGUGAGAGUGGGGUGAGAAGGCUGGAUUUGGCAAAGUUGGGAGUCCUGCCCUUCUGUUAGCAGGCUUGUUAGCAUGCUAAAACACAUCGGAUAAGAAAAGAGAGCUCCCCUCUGCUGUUCUCCAGCCUGUGAAUCUCCGGGGGAGCUGUUUUAUCUGUGGCGAAGCCUCCGCUGACAUUGCAGCUUCUCCCGAUGGAUUGAAGCAUAGCUGAUGGUCUUACUUUCUGUGGAAGCUGUACUCGAACAUUACUGCAUUAGUCCUAAAAGCAAAUGACCCCCCUCCUCUCUCUCUCUCGCCCUGAUCAAUCCUGUUUUUGUCCACAGCAGUCAUUCUCACUGUACUCAUGCAUUUCUUUCUCAGACAUCGAACAGAUUCUGCAAUUUGAUAUGGGGCCCUGGUAGGUUUCUUAGAAGGGCUUGAGGUACCCCCUGCCUGCAUACUGUGCAGCCUGGCUGUGUAUCUAUGGAGGACUAAAAGGCCGACAACAGUACUGCUCCUCCUGAUGGAGCGGGGACAUCCUAUUUUCACCCCUAAAAUCUAUUCAUGAGCUCCUGGACUCCUAAACUGGACUAAGUGGAUGUAUCGCUUGUACUGGAGAACUGUGACUGCUGAAGUCAGCUCAUCGGGACUUGAGUGGAUGUUAUUAGCUUUAUUCAUGAACCCUCUGUCCGAGUCUGGGUACGGCCUGGAGGUUGGAUGCUCUGAGUGUGUUGAAUCGACUGUUGUGGUGAUGAGGCAGGGCUCCUGGUGGCCUGUGUGGCUCGCUGGGCAGAGGCCCAAAGUGAUGUGAUGGGGUGCAGGAACAGUAAGGUCCUCCCUGAGCCUCCAGGGGACGUCCAGUUGGACCUGGUCAAAAAGGUUGAUCCUCCGCAGCCUCCUCAGACAGACAUCUAUAAGCACUUCAUACGAGGAGAUGGCACGAGGAGCAAGACUGGUGGGUCAGGUGCAACAGGAGGUGACAAGGCUGGCUCCACAUCCCCAUACCGGGCCCAGGCCCAGGCUGCCACUCCUACAGCCUCUGCCCAGCCCCCAAAGGACCCGUCUGAACUGUCGGACCCUCAACGGAAGAAAGUGGCAAAGUAUCGGGCCAAGUUUGACCCCCGGGUCACCGCCAAGUACGACAUCAAGGCUUUGAUAGGCCGAGGGAGUUUUAGCCGGGUGGUCCGCGUGGAGCACAAGAGCACACGGCAGCCGUACGCCAUCAAGAUGAUCGAGACCCGUUACCGGGAGGGGAGGGAGGUGUGUGAGUCAGAGCUGUGUGUUUUGCGCCGUGUCCGUCAUACUAACAUCAUCCAGCUCAUGGAGGUCUUUGAGACGGUGGAGCGGGUCUACAUGGUGAUGGAGCUGGCCACCGGAGGAGAGCUCUUUGAUCGAAUCAUAGCCCGCGGCUCCUUCACAGAGCGCGACGCCACACGAGUCCUGCAGAUGGUUCUGGACGGGGUCAAAUAUUUGCACACUCUAGGGAUCACUCACCGGGACCUGAAGCCCGAGAACCUGCUCUACUACCACCCUGGAGCAGACUCCAAAAUCAUCAUCACUGACUUUGGUUUGGCGAGUAGCAGGAAGAAGGGGGACGAGUGUUUAAUGAAGACCACCUGCGGCACGCCAGAGUACAUCGCCCCUGAGAUCUUGGUGAGGAAGCCCUACACCAACGCCGUAGAUAUGUGGGCGCUUGGGGUGAUAUCAUACAUCCUGCUGAGCGGAACCAUGCCUUUUGAGGACGACAACCGCAUGAGGCUCUACCAGCAGAUCCUCAAGGGGAAGUACAGCUUCUCAGGAGAGCCGUGGCCCAGCGUGUCCAACCUGGCCAAAGACUUUGUGGAGCGGAUUCUGACGGUGGACCCCAGUGAGCGGCUCACAGCUGGACAGGCCCUGAAGCACCCCUGGAUUGUGAGCAUGGCUGCCUCCUCCUCCAUGAAGAACUUACAGCGCUGCAUAUCUCAGAACCUUCUGAAGCGGGCGUCCUCCCGCUGCCACAGCACCAAGUCUGCCCAGUCCACUCGCUCCAGCCGCUCCACCAAAUCCAACAAAGCCCGGCGGGUGAGAGAGAAGGAGCUGCGUGAGCUGAACCGUCGCUACCAGCAGCAGUACAACGGCUGAAAUGCGCAGCGGAGCGGCUGAACACUGAGGCAGUUUAUAGACUUUUGGGUGAAACAGCACGAUGGCUGAGCUUUUACAGUGUCUGCAAUCAUUACAGAUGCUGCCUGUGUCAGAGCUGAGAAAGGCUUUUUUGUCUUUAAGGAAGAGGACAGUGACAUGACUAAAUCAGCAUGUAACAACAAACAAACAACGGAGUCAUGGUUGUGAAGUUACUGCUGCCAAGCCAAACAUGAUCACACAGACAAUGUGAUGUUUCCUCCAGUCGUGGGUCUCCUAAUGAGAACAGAAAGGGACUUAGCUUUUCAAAGUCUUAAGGUUUAUCAUCUCUACACCUUCACUCUCCUUUGAGAGGACGGUGUCUUCCACUUCUUUGUCUUUACUCUUCCAACCUCUGUGUCUCUACAUAUUUAUUUAUUAUUGUCGACAUGAUUAUUAGUCUCCAUUCAAAUGGUCACUGGAUAAUGACCUUCUUACAGGAUCUGUUGAACAGAGUUUUGGUUGCUGAAGUUUCUAAAAAAAAAAAAAGGGCUACUUUAAGAAUAGGUGGGGAGGGGGUGGAAGGGUGCGCCUCACUCUUCCCAGAUUGAAAAUUGCUGUGAAUUUACUGUUGUACAUACCUUCUCUUCUGAUGUGGGUCAUUGAAACACUGCAACGGAACCACACCUUUAGAGGUCACCAUUUCUCUAAGCAUAACUCAUCUUGCCGCUCGCUAACCUAACUGCUUCAAAGCUGUCAGAAGAUUGUGAAGCUGUUUUGUGGCCUUGUUAUAUUUUAAAGGGACAGUUUGUUUAUUUUUAAGUGGGGUCAUAUGAGGUACCAGUUAAUACUAAAAGUGCUGACCGCAGGAACUUUCCCCAGGAACUAGGGACCUUUUUGGUGCAUUUGGACCAAGAAUUCUGGGGUCUUUUAGCCCCCAGAACUACUUUCCCUGGAACUAAAAGGUUCCUGUGCCCCCAUUGUUGUCUGCAUUUGGACCGCGGGCUGAUUGUGCAAAUCAGGCCAGUGACGUAUGGAGAAAAUAAAAAGUAAAUGCACUACACCACCAGACCAGUAGAGGGCAGUAAAACAAAAGGAAUGGCAUUCAUCACAGAUGACACCAUAGAAGCAGACGGACAGACAGGUAUCAUUAUGAGCAACACAACAGUUAGCCUGUUAGCAUGAAGAGACUCAGCUGGUGCUGUUUUAGAUGGUGCUAUAUUUCAUCACAGAUGGAUUCACUGAAUCAACACGUGAGAGGAGAUAAGCGCGAGUAGCAAAGACGUUUCAACACGGCUUUAAAAUCCUUUUGAACUCAAAAAGCCGUGGCAGAGAUCGACCGGUGUUUUGGUUUAAACAGCGACCCUGUUAACUGGAGACUUUCAGCCGGAUGCAUCCCUCAUAAACGUCUUUAGACGAUCAUUAAAUAUCUGAUGAGGAUAUUUUGAAAUCUUAAUAAAAACUAAACUACUUUGCAUUCCCAGGAACUCCCUCUGUGUUUCAACAGCUGUGUAAACUCCACAAACACUGACACGUUCAGCUGAAGGUCUCCAGUUUACAGGGUCACUUUUAAAACCGUAACACCGGGAGAGACGCAUUCACGGUGGGCUGAGAGAAGACUACUGUUACAAGCUGCUAAAUCAAGAGAAUGACAGCUUCUUCUUUUGAAAAGUACACACACAUACAAACAAGAUAGAACAAAUAAAAACUAAUGAAAGAAAGAGAAAUCAAGUGAAUCACAGAUGUGUGUGAUGUUAUUGUGGACGGCGGGGGGAAUAAAAACACUGAGGUUAAUCUACCAAUCAGACACGUUCAGCAUUGCAGGCCCCGCCCCCCGAAAGUCAUGGGACCUUUGAAAAGUACUACCCCCCUAGCAGGGGCUUUUUAUGAGGGAGAUUAUCUACCCCUGAACUAAAUUUAGUCCCUGGGUCCACCGGUCGAAAUGCACGUAUUUCCGGGGUAAUGUUCCUCUGGUCCAAAAACACCUCAAGUAUAUCACCCACAUGGCAUCCCGAUCAGCUCGGCCGCUUUGUUGAGAAACCAGACAGAGAAUCGACACAGAAAAUAGUCAGUUAACCGCUGCAGACGGGAACAAUUUAACCACGUAAUGUAGCUUCUCUAUCCCAGGAGGUCUGACCCAACAUUAUUGCUGGUGUACUUAAAGAGAUAAGUGGGUAAGUGGGUUGGUCUUUGUUAAAGUACACUACCUUACGGGGAAAGUUGACCCCAUUUGCAGCGGUUCAUGGUGUAGCAUCCUUGUUGGUUCUCCGUCCAGUUUCUCCAUCAAGGGGCGGAGCUAACCAGCCUCCUCUGUGGAUAAUAAUCUAAUACUGACCGUACCUCAUACAACCAAACUCCAAAUUAAACAAACUGUCCCUUUAAUGUGUUGUAUCGGACUCUAGGCUGCACAGCAUUGCUCCUGGUGAUAUAUUCCCCAUCAUGAAACACUUGCUGUGGUUCUCGCUCGUGCUGAGGAGACGUCUUCAACAACAAUGACUUCAAAGUCUUUGUUUUGGAGAGCUGCUACUUGUUGCGCUGGCUCUUUGUAGUCUAAAAGGUAGCCUGUUUAAUAACACAAGCGUUGAUGAGCAUUGAACUGAUUUGACUUUCUGAAUCAAUCAGUUCAACCAGGCCAACAAGUUCUCACCUAAACAAUGCUUGUUAGAAUAUUUACUAAAGCAACAGACGACGCUAACAUUAGCUUACCAAUAUUGAAGACAUAAAGGUAUCUGACAGAAAUGCUGCGCAAGAUUCAUUAAAUAUCUGAUCUGAAACGACCUCAGCACCAUGUUCAUGUGAAGUUUAGACAAGCUGCAUGGGCUUUGUGCUGUUUGUUUCCUUACACUGUCGUUUCUGUGACGAUGUGUUCCCUACGGUUCAGAUGUUUUAAUGGUGCAGCCUGAUUUAGUAAAUCUCACCUUUAAAACUAGCAAGUCGUAUUAUACAAGACCGAGGCCUGGAUGAUGAAUCAAUAGAUAGCUGGUGCAGCAUUUUCCAAGUGAAGCCAUCUUGCUUAAAGCUUCCCUUAGCUAUCACAAGCUAAAUGUCACAUGUAUGAAGAACUUGUGGAGUAGGAGUAGAAUAAACUCAUGAGGCUGAAUGGGGGAAACUUUUAGGGGAGCAUGAUUUUGUUAGCAGGCCAUUUAAAAGAAAAUAAUCUUUUUACAGUAUCUCACGCAGAAAAAUAGCCCUCCUAAAUUUGUAUAUUGCACAUGAUCAACAUGAAGGAUACCAUGUAACAUCAAACAAAUACUAUUGAACAUGGUUCUGAUAUAUAAGGUUUAUUUGUUUUAAACUUAGCACAUGCAACCAUGCCCAAAGUCUAUGCACAUGCUCUCUGAAGUUAUGUGUACAUGCACUUAAAUCUGAAUGAAGUCCAAAGGCCCCUUAGAGAUGAGCUCUAUCAGACCCACAGUGAUAGAUGAUGAAUGAGAAGUAGCUUUUUGUAAGAGUCUCUGAGUCUGAAUCAUAACCAGGACGUUUCAGUCCCAAACCUACCGUGAGGGGAGAGUUGCUAAUAAUAACAGCUGUAGUGUUAGUAGUCAAUCCAUGAGUGAUUACAAAUGAUUCAUCCUCCAUGUUUGAUAUUUACUGAACGUGGCAGAACUGAAGGAUUCUGAAACGUUUUGUACAUUUCCCUUUCAUGCAUUUUGAUUUUAUCUUGCGAAGCACUUCAUCCAAAAGUUAAAGUUCUGUGUUGUUUACACCUGCAGUCUUUCCCUCUAUCUGUAGUGUUUGCAUGUGUAUGUGUUUGUUCCUUCAGAGUAAGUUCAGAGAAAACCAUCUUCUAUACUUCUAACCAUUUUGCUGUGAUCUACCCCAAACCAAAAAGAGUUGUGUGUUGCCGUUGUGAAUUUUCAAACACAUACUGGAAACUUAACCGAGCCAUGAGAGCUGACCUCAGUUAUUCUCUUUCUUCUCUCUCGUUCUUUGCCUGUUUCUGGAUGCUGUCAUCUUGCUGAUUCUCGUCUUGAUGUAAGUCAGAGCUGAAAGCUUCAAGUUCUUUGUCCCACUGCUGUUAUUGUACCUCAGCACAAGGUGUAACAAAAUAGUGUACAAGAGACCUUUAAGGCAGAUUUAUACUUCUGCGUCGAAUCGAUGGUGUAGCCUACACCAGAGUUCUGCGUAGCUCCUGUACUUACGCAGAGGUCUACACAUGUAGCGGAUGUGCACCUCCUCCAAAAUGUAACUACAUGUAGAAUCGAAGCAGACCGCAAGCCCUGUGAUUGGUCCACUCGGCGGGAUUGUGUUUCCCGCAUUUACAGCACUUCUGCGAUCCCGGACAUAGGCUGCACAUCAGCCGUGUAUUUCAUCUCCUCCUCUCUAUUCUUCAUGUAAUCAUGUCUGUAUGAUAAACAGCAACAUGUAUCAGCUGUAGAUUAACAGAACACGCUCUGAAUCUCUGUGGAAAAGGAAACAGAGAUCGUAGCGGGGCCGGAAACAGGCGACCAGCUAUCAGAGAGACCACACUGCCCUCAAGUGUUUCAGAGGAGAAUUGCUGCACGACACAGACACAUCGACGCACAAGUAUGUGGGCUCAUGUCUGCGUGGGCCACUGCUGCUUAGGGGAGACGCAGAAUUAUAAAUCAGCCUUAAGUGAAGCUCACAUCGGAGCUGGAUUGGUGCACUCAAAUUGUGACCUGUUUGAGAGAUACUCCUCUAACAUACAGUAUGUCUUUAAAAAAUACACAUGCACUCCAUAACGUAAAGAGUCAGUCAGAGAAAACAGCCGUAGUUAUCUUAAAAGAAGGACUCGAGGUGAGCUAUGAUGUCACUGUGUCCAUACUGUCCACAGCACUCAGAAAAGAAGGGAGCCUUAGAUCUGGUUGUUAGUUUACUGAUUACUUUGAGAGAAUAUAUUGGAGUAAGCUCCGUCUUAAAGGAUCCGAUCUGACUUAUUUCAGCUGAAUAAAUUGCAUAUUUGAGAACCUGCUGUGUGCCAUGUUCAACAAAGAACCAAAUGAUCAGUUUUAGAGAACGUCAGCACACUUUAGUAGUCUUUCUUGUCAUGUUUCUAUAUCUGUAUGAUUUUAUAUAAUUGCUGUUGUCUUAAAUGAAGUAGCCAACUCAACACUGUUAGCUGAAAACAGUUGUUCCUGUUCUGUUUUUGUGUUUCAGUGAAUAAUAACACUUUGAUUCUUUCAUUGUUAACUUUUUUAUUUUGUUUUAAACAGAGAGUUGUACGUGUCAAUAAAACACUCAAACUUGA